AUGGGUUUAUUGCUUUGUAUACUUCUAGAAAGUUUUAAUGCAAUUACUGUGACGGACAAUAAUAUAGGAUGUAGCAAAACGAUGCAAAAGGCCUCAAACAUUGAUUCGUCGUUAAAUUAUUUAUUACGGCCAAAGCGUGGUUCUGCCUCUUCAUUACUAAUGUGCCAAAUGACAUGGAGCAAGACGGCUAUAACUAUAGCUGGCAUGGCUGACGGUACUGAAGGUAAUGGUCAAAAUCAAUUGAGUCACCCCUAUACUCUGGCAAUUGGACAAAACCAUGAAAUCUAUAUUGCUGAUUCUCACAACAAUAGAAUUCAAAAAUGGACGAUGAACAGUGGUACCGGUACAACAGUGGCUGGCAACGCAGAUGGAAGUUCAGGUUUAUCAAACACUGCGUUGCACUUUCCGGCAGGGAUAGUACUCGAUAAAUAUGACAACAUGUAUUUCACUGAUAGAGAGAAUCAUCGAGUUAUGUACUGGGAAAAAGAUGCACCGCAAGGCUCAACAUACGCUGGCACUCCAGGUAAUCGAUUUUGA